CGAGCCUUCCUUGUUUCUGUGGCCAGUUGUGACUAUCUUACCAUGUCUACCACUGCAACAGACACUACUCAUGGGGCCGACCUUCGACGGAAAUCUUCCGCUGUGGUUGGCACCGAAGAGACUCGUAAUGUCGUCGACAUUACUCAAUUGAAUCAGGAGGACGCUGCUCUAGCAGCACAGUUUGGUUACACUCCGGUGUUCAAGCGAGACUUUGGCUUCUUUGCUACAUUAUCCUUUGCAGCUAGUAUCUCUGGCUGUUUCGCUACGGUCACGACCACUUUCCUCUAUCCUCUCGAGGCUGGUGGUGCUGCUUCAGCUGUUUGGUGUUGGCUCAUCUCCGGCGCUGGAUGUAUGUGUAUUGCUGCUUCAGUUGCUGAGCUCGUUUCUUCCUACCCGACCUCGGGCGGUCUUUACACCUGCGUUAGCCGCCUCGCUCCUCCCGAAUGGGUUCCUUCCAUCAGCUGGAUCACUGGCUGGCUCAACCUUGUCGGACAAAUUUGUGGUGUUGCUUCAUCUGAAUACGGUGCUGCCCAGAUUCUUCUCGCAGCUGUCUCCAUCGGAUCGGAUGGCACUUACAAGCCCACUGCCAGUCAUUACGUCGGCGUACAAGCUGCCUUGUGUGUCUUCCACGGUCUUGUCAACUCGCUCAACACCAAAUGGUUGGCUAAGAUCACAACUUCUUACAUCGUCUUUCACGGCGCCGUUCUGGUUACCUGUGCCAUUGCAUUGCUUGCUUGCUGCGACAACCGCCACAAUGCGAGCUACGUCUUUACCGAUGUCACAAGCGCUUCAGGAUGGACACCAAUUGGUUUCUCAUUCCUGUUUGGCUUCCUUUCCGUCUCGUGGACAAUGACGGACUACGAUGCGACAGCUCAUAUUACGGAGGAAAUAGAUGACCCGGCACGCAAAGCACCUUGGGCAAUCUUCAUCGCCAUGGCUCUGACUUAUGUUCUUGGCUGGCUCUUCACCAUCGUCCUUGCCUUCACCAUGGGCGAUCCUGCUGACGCACUCGCCAGCGAGUACGGACAACCUGUCAUUCAGAUCUACUACAACAAUCUUGGAAAGGCAGGAGCAAUCUUCUAUGCCGUCUGCGCUUUCCUGAUCCUGAACACCGUCUGCCUGACAGCCAUUCACUCUCUCGCCCGCACCGUGUUCGCCUUUUCCCGCGACCAACUCAUCCCUGGCGCCAGGCUCUGGAAGAAGGUCGAUAAGCGCACCGAUACACCCAUCUUGGCUGUUUGGUUCAGCGUCUUCUGGUGUGCAGCAAUCAACCUCAUCGCCUUAGGAUCUCCCGAAACCAUCAACGCCAUCUUCAACGUCUGCGCCAUCGCAAUGGACUGGUCCUACUGCAUCCCCAUCAUCUGCAAGCUCGUCUAUGGCAGAUUCACCCCCGGACCUUGGUAUAUGGGUAAAGCGAGCACCUUUGUCAAUUGCUACGCAGUUGCUUGGACGGCUUUUGUCAGUAUCAUUUUCUUAUUCCCGACUUUGUACCCGGUUACGGCGGAGAAUAUGAAUUAUGCUAUUGUUAUUUUGGCGGCUAUCUUCGUUUGCGCUGGGGUUUAUUGGGUGCUGGGUGGAAGGAAGUUUUAUGUCGGUCCUAUUGCUGAGGCGGAGGUUGUGGUUGGUGUGCAGCAUGAGAAGGAUGACAGUUCUGUUGACAAGACUGCCAUGUAGAGAGGACCCAGAUUAUCGGCCGAAGGGCUCGGUGGUGAUGCAUCAGCAGUAUCAGAAAGGAGUGUUACAGUUGAAG